GGAACACUGGACCCAGGGUCAUUUGGGCUCACAGACUGCAGCAAUGUUCUCCCUAGCACUGGUUGGGUGCCUGGUUGCUCUGAGCCCCUGUUUUCUUGCAGCAAAAGUCUGCCCCAAGCCCCCAGAAGUGAUGUUUGCCACCAUCGAUGUAGAAAAAAGUGUGUAUGACGUGGGAGAGACCAUAGAAUACACCUGCAGGCCUGGCUUUGUCCCCAACAAUGGCCAAACCAGGUACACCUGUCUCCCAACAGGCAGAUGGCCUCUCAACACCCUGCUCUGCCUCCCAAAGAGAUGUCCCAGACCUCCACCCUUGGAGCAUGGAAAAAUUGAUGCUAUAGACCACCACUAUCAGAGUUCUUUAAGUUUUUCAUGUGAACCAGGUUACAACCUGGUUGGGACAAAAAUGAGCCAAUGCAUGGCAGAUGGGAAGUGGAGUGGAAUUUUUCCCCAGUGUCAACCGGUGACUUGUGCCCCCCCUGCACUUCCUGAGUUUGGGACCCUCUCUUACCGCCGUUCACAGCCUGGAAAUGUUUCCAAAUUCCUGGACACAAUAACUUUUGAAUGUGUCCCUCCUCUGGCACUGAUUGGGAACGAGACAGCCACCUGCAUGGCUGAUGGGAACUGGAGCAGCAUUCCUGAGUGCAAAGUUGUCACGUGCUCCACUCCACUUGGAAUUGAAAAUGGAUUUAUAGACCUUGUUGCUCGUAGAACCUAUCACUACAAUGAAAGUGUCAGCUUCAGCUGCAACCCCAGCUAUGUGCUGGAUGGACCCAAGCAUUCCCGGUGUGAAAAGACAGGAAACUGGUCCACGAAGCCAACCUGUAAAGGCCCGUGUAAAAUCCCUGUUAAGAAAGCUGUAGUGUUAUACAACGGGGAGAAGAAAAGGGUACAAAACGACCUGAAGGAUGGCAUUCAGCAUGGUGAAACUGUGUCCUUCUUCUGCAAGAAUAAAGAGAAAUCCUGUGCCUACACUGUAGAUGUUCCCUGUGUGGAUGGCAACCUCACUCUCCCUGCCUGUUUCAAAGAACGGGGCUUUUUCUCAACUCUGGUGAAAAAGGAUCCAUCAGACAUGAAACCCUGUGAAGAGGAACAGUGAAGCAGAGAAGCAACACAGCCCUAAGCUUCUGCCUUCCUCAGACAAAACAUCACCAACCAGAGAAGGCAACUUAGGUCCUGUGAGUGUAAAUUUCCAGGUGAACUCCAGAUUUUCUGUGAACACAGAACACAGUCUCCCCUGUCAUCCUCACCACCAUCUCUGCAAGCCCCUUUCACAAGCUCUGACACAAGAUCUCAGCCAUUAACUUUCAUUCUCUUUUCUCUGCCUCCUUCAAAGUCCUAUUCAAAAUCCUAUUCAAAAUCCUAUUUCUCUCUCUGCAUUUCCACCAUUCAUGCAAUUUUGACUUUCUCGAUAGCAGCAAUAAAGUAAUUUUUCAGUCAA